UGGUUUAUUCCUCUCCACACCCCCACCCUAUCCACGUCAUCUUCCCUCGAUCUCAGAGGACGACGAACGAAGUGAAUCGGCUGUUUCCACGAUCGUAAACUUGGCUGAGGAGGCGAAGCUUGCAACGUCGAAGCAUCCUGUUAUACUCUGCUUAGCACCUGCAAAUUUCUAGUUGCCGGUGGAGUUUAUGUGAUGAAGGCCAAGCCAAGCAUUCCUGUUUAUAUUUCUUUGUUGUUGGGAAUUUCAUUUAUAUUCUACCCUGUAUUUGGCUCUUGCCUUGAUGGCAUUUCACACGCUAGUAAGGUUGGAAGGUAUAUUAUGGAAUCGUAUUACGGAAAGCACGAAAGCUUCAUUGAUUCACUUUUUGAUGAUUUCCUGACGCAAGAUCUUCCUGUCAACAUAUGUCAAGUUCUACCAUGUGAUCUAAAUACUGUGCUAAGUCUCUCGAUCCUGUUGAAGAUUAAGGGCGAAGGUUCUCACCGUCAACUUUCAUCGACCAUCAAAUUCAACAUCAAAAAACCCAUACCUCAUGUUCACACACACCAUUGCAAGAUUAUUAUCAUCGAACGACUGCCAUCGGGAGUUUUUGCUGACCCAUUUGAAUUGGAACAUCUUCUUCAUCGUGCUGUAUUUAGUGAUGUAGCCGUUUUUGGAGAUACAAAUUUGGAAUUGCCUUCAGUCCUCUCCAACCUCUCUGUUGUCGAGGUUCACAAGGACGUUGGUCUCAAUAUUUUUUCACACAACAAGAAUUUGCUUGAGUUCAGCAUUGAUCUGCCUUUACAUUCACGAUAUCCGCCAUUAGAUGAAAGCGGUUAUGUCGAAGUUAGAUUGAAGGCUCCGGACUUGUUUUUGCAGUGUAGCAUACAGGAAAAGCCACAUAAUAGGAGCUGUUUAUUUAAGUUGCAAAGUGAUGAUGCAAAGGCAGACCUAACAUGGUCGAUACCAGCAGGUAAACGAUCUAAUGCUAAAAUCGUAGGCGUUGUGACCUUUGUUUCUGCUUUUCUAUCAGUACUAUCAAUUAUAUUUUCUACACAAGUUGGACAACACAAAGUUUUGAAGCAAUGUUAAUUAGUUCAGUAUUAAGUGAUGUUUUGGUCCAAGAUACGUAAACAAGCAUGCAUUGUUUCUUGUUUCUUGCUCUGGUAAUAGAAUUUGGUUCCCAACUCCUUGUUAUGA